AUGACAGAAAGUUCCUUUGGGAGAGACCUUACUAGACGUCACCAGCUGGUGACCCCUUCAACUGUGAAGGCAAUCAUCUCAAAGAUUGAAGCAGCCCAGCUGAAGCGAGCCCAAGAGGACAUUUCUAUCCAGCUCUCUGACAUCUUGGGCAAUGUCAAUGAUGUUAUCAAUCGCUUCCAAGAAGAUUUAGGAUCAGAUCUAAAAGAGAGGAAAAACAAUCAAGGGGAACAAGAGAAGGGUAAGAAGAGGUUUGACUUGCUGGAGAAAAUAGCCUCCUUCUCAAAGGCUGCUGAGACAAAGGAGAGGAACCUCUAUGAAAUCCUCAACUGGAUGAGUGAAUGGGGUGACAAUUUGUCCUAUGAGACCAAACCUAAGGAAAGUGAAAAGGAAUGUGACAAACAAGAUGAAUGGGUGGAAGUCAUGGAGAGGGUGCUGCCACUUUCUCUCAUUGCCACAGAGGGUGGCAUCGAAUCUUUGAUUUCCCUUUGUUCUAAUCUGAUUGAAGAGCAAAAGAAAAGAAAGCUAAGGCCUAAGGGCAAUUUUUGGAAAGCCUGGAGGGAGAAAAUUCUACAUAAAUCUUCCUCCCCACUUCAGCCUCUGAGCCCAGAGCAGAUGCUUAAAGAUAGAAAUACCACAAAUGCAAAGGUAGGUGAGGUCUGGGCGAUGCUUCAGGAACUCUUGGACUCUGUUGUAUUCAACAAGGGAGAAAUAAAAGCUAUCAAGUACAUAUCUACCAUGGUAGAAAACCUUAAUCAGGCCUUGAUCCUUCAGUUUCAAGAAAACCACAAGCUGGAAGCCCAGUAUAAAAUCCUAGAAGCAGAGAUGUCAAAAGAGAUAAACAAUCAAAAACUCCUCUUCCACAAGGAGCUCCAAGUCCUUGAGGAUAUGAAGAAAGCUCUAGAGAUUCAGGUCCAAGCAUCAGAGCAGAAAUACCAACAACUUCUGGAAGAAAAACCCAUGAAAUACCAGUUGCAGAUGGGUGGAGGAGAUAGGGACAGAAGAGACUUCAUCGAGUGUGUUUCUAGGCCCCUAAAAUCUCAGGCAUCUAAAAAAAUGAGCCUUCCUAUGACUGAAGAAGUAUUCGAGACAGAAAUAGAGCAAAAGCUUGAGGAAAUGAAGGAGCAAUCAACCCUGGAGGCGGAGGAGGAAAAAGAGGAAGAGGAGGAAGCAGCUCAGCUCUUUCCAAACACCAAGACAAAAGACAUGGAUGUCAAUAUGGGCAGUGAUUGCACACCCUUCCUGAAGCAGCCACUUCCAAAAAUGAGCUUGCACUCUGAAGAUUCUAAGAACAUGGGCAUCCAUGUUGAAAAUGCCAUAGUCUUCAAGGACAAGGUCACUGCCUUGAAACCUGCAGGCUACAAAGGCAAAGAUUGCAUAGUUUCUGAAGAAAGAGAAGUGGUAGUCUGGAUUGCUGAAGAGAAGGAUUCAGACUUACCCAGAGAAACCCAGCGAGGCUUGCCAGCUGAGAUGCCUCUUGAAGAGAAGACAGGCCUCCCACAAGAAGAGCAAGCGGGGGAAGAGAAGCGUUGGCAGGAAAGAAGGAAGCAAUGGCAGGCGGAGGAGAAGCGGUGGCAAGAGCAGCAGAAGAAGUGGGAACGACUGGAAAGGGAACACAAGGAGAAACGGUGGCAAUGGAAGCUGGAGGAGGGGCUGCACAGGAAGAGGCAAGAGCGUAUUAACCACGAGUGGCUAUUGAAGCAGAGAAGGGAGCUAAAUGAGCAGCAGCUGGAGCACAGCAAGGAGACUUACGCAUCCUUGCCACCCUCUGCAAGGAAGGAGCUGGCGGAGGUAGCAAACCCCGUGAACAGGGUCUGCCGAAGCCAAUAUUGGGGGAGGUUCCAGACCCCGGCGGUCUAUGAACCCCAACUGCCCUCUGUCAGUACCUUCGGAUGCCAGGGGGCCCAUCAAGGAUCCAUGAAAUUGGGGCCCAAACCCUUUCCCUGUCCCUUCCCCAAUAAAGCCAGCACUCCUGGGAGACUGACCUCUGUACCAAAGGAGAAGUACAGGGUGGAUGUGCAGGGCCAGAGAGUGAACUUGCUGCUCUUGAAUGAGGCCGCUGAGAGCUUGGGCCUUCCUGCUCACCUGCACAGCCUGGCCGGGAAGCUGAUCAUCGACGCACUCCACACAGACAUCACCAAGCUCGGGUGCCUGAUCCAGAAAUACAGCACCUAUAGGACGUUCCAGGGCGUGAGGCAGGAUAUAAUCAACCAUAUAGAAGCCAGCCGAAAAACUGGGAAUGUCAAUGAUGCCCAAAACUUUGGUAUCCUCCUAGAAAAAAUAGACAGGUGCCAGAGCCGCAGGCUGCAGACCUGGACAGAAAAGCAGAAAGCUGUGGAGCAGUACCGAGGAGAUUGUCUGGAGCAAAUGAUAUCCUUCUUUUCCCAGCUCCGAAGGGAAUGGGGCCUGAACCUGAGCAUUCCAGUUCCCAUAGCCAGCCCAGAGAAGCAGAAAAAAACAACAGUAGGAGCACCAAAAAAAUACAUCUAUUUUACCAGGGCUGGUGGAUGGCAACCCAAACAGUCCCCAAAGACUCAGCAUCAAGAGUGUCCUGAAGUCCUGAAAAUUGCUCGAGAAAGGGGGAAUGAGAUAGAGGCUAUCUGGAAGACUGAUUUGUCUACCUCCAGUUAUCCAGUGAAAAAGAAGACCCCUGCUGGUGUCAUCUGGUCCCAGAUUGGCGGGCACCCAGAUUUUCCUCGGAUGGUGGAAUUAGAUGCCCAUUCCUCCUGCCACAAAUGCCUCAAAUCCCUAAAAACAAGAUCACCAAGUAUUUUCAAAAGAAAAUCCACCAUUGACAGAGACAAUGCUCAUGAGAAAUCAACUGAAUCAAUGGCUGAAAUCUGA